CUGCAGGUUUUGUAGUACGUAGCUUCAGAAAUUCCAAGAGCUCGCUGCGCUACGCGUACCACCACGACUACGACUACAAGAACUCCGAGGAACAUUCAAGAAUAAAUAACCUGUCAUUCACUAGGGACUAAAUUACAGGACCACAGGAGAGGAGGAGAGCAAGAUACACGAUGAAGGGAAAAGCAGCUUUGCUGCUGGCGAUUUAUUUGGCGACUGCAGUAUCCGCUGGUACUACUACAGUCGACCCACCAGAGUUCCAUGAGUCAUCUUCUGGACCACUAGGUCCACCCGAGCUACCGCCGAAGGAGUUCCUCCCAAUUGAUUCUGAUCCAUCAUCUACGAGUUCUUCGAUCGAAAUUUUUCAUUCAAGUAAUGAGGAACAGAAUGUACUCGUGCCCUCAAAGGUGCCAGUGGAUGCUUCCGGAUAUUCAGAAAGUCCAAAACUGUCAGAAGCUCAAGGACCAAACGUUGGUUCCGCAUAUCGAAAAACUCGACCGCCGCCAGCUGUGCCAUCUAAACCAGAGUUAACCAGCUCUAGCUUUGACUUCGAGCAUAUUGCUUUGCCAUACCUGAGUCCCAAGGAUAAUCUUCUGCAGGAGAUUCGCUCCCUGGAGGAGCAGACCACCAAUCAAAAGAUUCAGGAAGAAUUGGGUAAGGCCAUCAAAGCCGAGGCCCUGAAGUAUCCAAUUUACGAAAACUCCAGUACGAUGGAAAGUAAUGCUCUGAAGAAGCUCCUCGAGGAGGAGGAUGUCUACAACAACGACCUCGAAGAAGACGAGGAAGACGAAGACGACGAUGAUGAUGAAUACGACGACGACGACGACGUGGACGACGAUAUUGACGAAGAAGACAUGACGAAUUGUCCCCAGUAUUGUAGGUGCGACGGACAAUAUGCUGCAGCUACAAAAGCCAGAUGCUCCAAGCUCACGGACGAACAAACGUUUACUGGUGAAAUAGCUCAUCUGAUAAUCGAAAAUGCUGGUGACAUCCGACUGGCAGAUCACGCCCUACGUGCUCGCGGACUUAAGCACGUGGAAUCAAUAACGAUCGUGGACACCAGAAUUUCCGAAUUGAAUCGCACCGCCUUCGACGGAAUUCCAUUCCUGUUUGCAGUGAAUCUCACCAGGAACGGUCUGAUCAGGGUUCAUCCGGAUACCUUUCGGAACAAUAGUCAACUCAGUUUACUGACUAUUUCCGGAAAUCCAAUUCAGUAUCCUCAGAUGAGAGGAAACGUCGGCAGAUUCCUCUUAGACGCACCGUCUGUCACUGAAUUUGACUUUUCGAACAAUGGAAUCGGCCGCCUUCCGGCAUAUGCUUUUUUAAAAAUGCCUAGUCUCACCUACAUUAAUCUCAGUGGAAACAAGCUCAAGAGCGUCGAAAAGGCUCAUUUCAGUUCUCUUCAGUCGCUGGUUGAACUUGAUCUCUCGGAGAAUCAGAUCAGCGGAUUUCCAAUGGAUAUUUUCAACAAUAAGGGUCUCUAUACUCUUCGUGUUUCAGGAAACAGUCUGUCCACUUUGGCGGUCAUCAGGGCUUCCAAACUGACGAGUCUACAUGCAUCCCGCAAUAAGAUCAAGAUCAUAGCCAAGGAUGACCUCAUGUUCCUUCCUUCCUUGGACGAGUUAAUACUGUCAUCGAACGGCUUGAAAAGAAUUCAUCCGCACGCGUUCUCUGGUCUCAAUCAGCUUACCAAAUUAGAUAUCAGUGACAACAAAAUCACAUCAUUGACGGAGCAGCACUUCAAGUCCAAUUCCAGACUUCAGAUCUUGCUGAUGAAUGACAAUCCAGGUCUAGAAACGCUGCCCGUCUUUAAGACUGAAAAUCAGGAGUAUGAAACUUUCAGUGUCUACCGCCUGGAGUGUGCUGGUUGCGGAUUGUCCUAUCUCGAAAAAGAUACUUUCAAUGCCAUGCCUGCUAUAACGUCGCUGAAUUUGUCGAGAAACCGCUUGGCCAGGCUUCCCGAGGGACUCCUGAGCCAGCUGUCCUCCCUUCGCGAAUUCGAUCUGUCUAACAACAUGUUGGAGACACUGGAAAAAAACAUGUUCCAAGGUGCUAUGACCUUGACCAAGUUGAAUCUCGCUGGAAAUCCUCUGGUGACCCUGCAGGUCACACCAUUCUUUUGGACGCCCAAUUUAUCCAGACUGGACGUCAGUCGCUGUUCCUUGGAGCGAGUCUGGAGCGAAGCAAGAAAGCCCCUCGAGAGCCUCAGGUUCCUGUCGGUUCGUGAAAACCACCUUCAGCGUAUCACAAUAGAGGAACUGAGGGCGAUGCCGAAGCUAUCAGGCUUGGACAUUUCGCACAACCCAUUGGUCUGCGACGAGGAAUUUAACCAGGCUAUGCAAUGGCUGCUGGAUCACGGGGUCACACCAACGGAGACUCUUCGUUACAUCAGGAAUCGUGUAAAUAUCGAAGACUAUGCGGAAGCUCAAGCAGUCGGCCAAUGGAGUGAUCUUGCCAAGCUCAUCUGCGACAGCCUCGACGAAGGACCACCGCCCAGACCAGUUCCGCACAGACCUAAUAAUCGUCCACCAGUCUCUGACAUCCCGCGUGAUUCUAAUCUUCUGCUGGGAGGAGACGAAAUCAACGAUAAUCAGUUCGAUUAUGGCCAAGGUCAGAACGGCGAGAUCGACAACGUCUGGUCAUCCCAGGACCAGAAGUACGAAUAUUACACUGAAGCAAGUCAGCCGCUCUAUAAUUCUUGGUACAAAGGAACACUCUGGCCGAUAGUGACUGUGAUAAUAGUCACCCUGGCAGUAGUCCUGCUGAUAGCACACUGCGCCAGAUGCCUAGCACGUCGUCAUGGACGUGGUCCGGUACUCAGGGCGCCGAUGAUGCUUCGCCAGGGUCUGGUCGACAACAAGAACUGCGGCUUGGUGUACAAGUCACUUCAGGAGGAGAUCGCCACUCCACAAAUGCCCAAGAGAGGCAGCUUCUAUUCCAGUAGUACUUUUCACUACGACAAGAUCGUGCCAGAGAGCGUAUAAUUUGUUCAAAAAGCUUUUAACCUUAAUAACGAAGACCAUCUUCUAGAGUAGACGCAGACUUUCGGCCUGAUUGUUAUUCAGACACCGAUAAAGAAUUUUCAAACUAAUUUCAAAAUCGACGCUCCAUGCUGUAACGAGUGACAGUCGUGCCAGCUUGCACUAAUAUUUCGAUAACAAAUUAGUAACGAAUAGCCAGUUUUCGUUUAGGGUGCUCCCCUAUUUGGGUGAGUACCAUGUAUGUAUAUUCGUUCAUUGCAUAGUAUAUUUGCUGCGUAAGGUAUUGUGUUUGAGACAAGCAGAAGGCCAGAGAUCCACUAAAAAACAUGUCAUGUCACAUUGAUAAAAAAAAUACAACAAAAUAAUUUAUACAAGUUCCAAGAUUUUUAAUUGAAAAAAAAAUCGUAAUAACGUUCGACGUAAAAGAGGCGUCUCUUACGAAUUUUAUCGACUUUUGCUAUCUAGCAGCUGAGAUAUCACGAAAAAAAAAUAUUACUACUUAAACAUGCAAUACUUAAACUUUUGUUAUAUCUCGGUAAAUAAUUUUGUAAUUUUACACGCACUGAGACUCAUUCCGAAUUUGAGAAUGGGGCACCCAGUCAUAGUAAUAUAUGCAGUAAGAUGCGUAAUACCAUAGUAUAACACACUCUAUGAAUAGUAUAAUGAUUAAGAGCUCGAUCUGGGCCGUGCAACUGAUUGGUUUAUUAAGUUCGAAGGACUAACGUCGAUAAUUUCCCUACUUUAUACUAUCCACUGUACAUAAUAUAAUAAUAUUUUAAUAAAAUUCUGAUUAUAGCGAA